UCGGAACUAGCCAUUAGCUUUGGAGGACCUUGAUUAGCUGUUGUAGACUUGUAGACGAUCAGUCAAGCGAUUGGUCGCUGACAUAUCAAUGGAAGGCUUCAAGAUCAUCAACAGGGACAUCAUCACGGAGGCCACAGCCAUGGCGUUCGCGGAUCCCCACCUGCAGAUCCCGGACAGCUACGUCCGCGCCGGCGAGGUCCCGGCCGGCGAAGUCGUUGGCGGCGCCGACGACGAGAGCCUCGAGCUGCCGGUGGUAGACAUGGCGAGGCUGCUCGAUCCUGAGCACAGGGAGGAGGAGAUCGCUUGGCUUGGCUCUGCGUGUCGGAGCUGGGGUUUCUUCCAGCUCGUAAACCAUGGAGUUGAUGAAGCAGUGAUACAGAAAAUGAAAGAUAACACGGUACAGUUCUUCGAGCUACCCCUGGAGGACAUGAACGCGGUGGCUGUCCGUCCUGGCGGCGUUGAAGGAUUCGGCCAUCACUUCAGAUCAUCAACCGAUAAACUGGAUUGGACAGAGAACUUGAUCAUUAGAACGCAGCCAGUCGUGGGAAUAAAUCUCGAAUUUUGGCCUAGUAACCCACCCACAUUGAGGAAUUCAGUUAACAAAUACGCAAUGGAGAUGUGUCUGGCAAUGCGACUACUCGGCUUCAUGGCCAGAGACCUGGGAAUCCGCCCCUGGCGGCAGAGGAUGGCCCUGCAGCGCUACCCUCCUUGCCGCCAUCCGGAGAAGGUGAUGGGCAUUGCGCCGCACUCCGACGGCUUCGGGCUGACGCUGUUGCUGCAAGUCAAUGACACGCCGGGCCUGCAGGUUAGCAAGGACGGCCGGUGGCGACCUGUGCGGCCGCUGCCGGGUGCCUUCGUCAUUAACGUCGGCGAGAUCCUCGAGGUUCUCACCAAUGGCUACUACAAGAGCGUGUUCCACAGGGUGGUCGUUGACACCGACAAGGACCGGGUUACCGUCGUGGUGUUCCAGGACGCGUGCAUCGCUGGAGUGGUGAAGCCACUACCGGAGCUCGGCGAGCAAAGAUAUCAUGCGACCAAUAGGUCGGAGUAUUACAAGGGCCAGUUAAAAGCAUUGCGUCGCCAAGGGGAAAAGUUCGUCGACACCCUUAAAAAGUGAUUUAUAUCGCCAAACUUGUUUGCAUGGUGGAUAGUUUCUUAUAAUGUUAUUGAGUAGUAUUUGUGUACCUACAUGAACAGACAUUACUGGAGAAACCAUCUUUGGUCGGUCGCCUAAAA